GUUGAGAUGAGAGUGGGGCGAGCCACGGAGUCCGGAGUCGUUGUUGACAGCGCAAAUGUGAAAGUGACUUGUCGUUGAAACGCACUGCCGUGACGAGGACGUCGCUGCGGUGCAGCGUGGCCGUGUAGAGUCGUAAACUCUAGCGUGCCGCGGCGAGUGAAAACCAUGACCGCGAACGUGAGAACAGACAUGCGGAUACCGACGCGCACGGCACCUCGGCCUCCGGGUCAGAGCAUAACGCAGAGAGACCCGAUCUGGAGCACCAGUAACGAUAUAUUCGGAGGUACCCUGACGACGCAACCUGGACAGAAGAAAAAGCCACCUCCUCGACCACCACCUCCGAAAUUUAAUCGCAAUUAUCCGCAGUAUCAGAAAGAUCAGAAGCCGAGAAAGCCAGCCAGGCCGACGGAGCUGUUGACUAAUUUCUUUGGGCGAAAGAAGCAAGAGAAUCAUCUUCCAUUCCGUCCAAGUGGCCAACUACAAAACCAGACAACGCAGCCCUCGAAUUCAAUCGCGACGAUAUCUUUGAUAGAUCUCAGCCCACCUGGAUCCCCAACAUUUACGACACGCUCCAGCGAUGGUGUCAGUGUAGACAGUUUCGGCAGUGAUGGAAACUCCAAUCCAUCUGUAUUCACAAGCAGCGGAAAUACAUCACAAACAGAAAGUGCCUUCGAGGAUGAUUUUGACUUUUUCGGUCAAAAAGACCCAUGGCAGACUAAAACAGCAGCGCAAGAUCCGUUCGGGCCUCUAGAGGACACUUACUCGAACGUGUCUCAAGUCGCCAGCGGUCCCUUUUCUUUUAAUUCCAACAAUCGUGAAACAAAUCAAGUGCCUUCCAAUCUAAUCACUUCUAAAUCUCUCGUUACAUCGAUGCCCACGAUAAUCCGAGCGAAACCUUCUAAACCUCCGGCACCAAAGUUACCGUUUAAGAAACUCGAACCGAUACCUAAGGAAACGUGUAUCGACUUCGUAGUCUCGAGUAGCAGUACAAUGAAUAAACCGUUGACGCUGCAUUUCUCUAAUGCGUGGUCCAACGAUGGUGAAGAAAAUGACAGUCCAUCGCCACCCAUGCCGACGAUUCCACCACCGGCAUUACCUGCGAAUUAUUUGGCAGAAUUUAGCAGUGAUCUUGAAGGAGGUUCCAAUGAACCUUACGGUAUUGCGCUGUACGAUUUCUCCGCGACUCAUCCAGAUGACUUAGCUUUAAAAGAGGGCGACAUUGUGCAAUUGGUGAAGAAGGUUAACGACGACUGGUUGGAGGGAAGAAUAGGAAAUCGUCAAGGGAUCUUCCCGCUUAAUUUUAUUGACAUCAAAAUACCUCUGCCAGAUUUAUCAGACAAUGUGGUCACAGCCCUUUACACUUUUCCAGGAGAGAACAGCGACGAUUUGUCAUUUCAGGAGGGAACGAAAAUUACAGUCAUAUCAAGGAUAUCGGAGGAUUGGUUAUACGGUGAAUGCAACGGUAGGAAGGGACAAUUUCCAGUAAAUUAUAUAGACAGACUUCCGCGUAAUAUUUAAACGUUUUUUCAAUCAAUAUUUUGUAUCCAGUUUGUAUUAAUAUUUACUACGAGAGCCUUCGUAUU